GCCACGAGACAUCCCUUCGGCCGCAACAAAUCACAAGCCUACUUGAAGCUUUCGAUCGAGGCCUAGAAAAGCAAGAGCUAGCGCGCGCGAGAGCGAGAGCGAGACUCGAGUCUUGGUAGGCUCGCCGUAGCUUUGUUGAAGGGGUUGGCAGGCAUGCAAGCGACGAUGGGGAGUACGAGGCGUGAGCAGCAACGGAGAGAGCGGGCGCUGGUGCUUGCUCUGGCUCUCCUCGUGUCCGCGUUCGCGCUCGUGCAGUGCGCGGGCGGCGUCGACGACGACGGGGAGAAGGAGGGCGGCGGCAGACCGGCAGUGGCAGAGCCCGCGACGGGGCUGCCGCCCGGGUGGAGCGGUGACUCGGGGUCCGCGCAUGGGUCGAGCCCCGGCGGCGGUUCUUGGGAGUAUGGAUGGAGCUGGGCUGCGGGACCUGAUGGCAAGGGAGGAGGGUUCGGGUUUGGUUAUGGUGGCAGCGGAGCCGAAGGCGGUGGAGGAGGUGGUGGUGGCGGCGGCGGCGGUGGAGGGAGUGGUGGAAAGGCGUUUGGUUUUGGCAUUGGUGGGUAUAAAGGCCAUCAUGGCGGCUUUGGAGGCGGCGGUUCUGCCGGCUACGGUGGUGGCAGCGGGGGUGGUUUUGGUGACAGUUCUGGCGGCUACGGUGGUGGGAGCGGGGGUGGCUUUGGAGGCGGCAGCGGUGGGGGUGGCUUCGGCAGUGGCAGCAGCAUCGGCGGUGGCGGCGGCUACGGUGGUGGAGACGCUGGUGGGUUCGGUGGUGGUCAGCAUGGAGAAGAUGGGAGCAGCGGUGGAGGAUAUGGUGGCGGCGACGGCGCUGGUGGUGGUGGAUACGGCAGCUCCGGUGCUGGCGCCGGAGAUAGCGAUGAGCUUCACGGUGUAUCUGGCGGCAGUGGCGACGGAGGUGGUGCUGGGUAUAAGGGCAAGGGGCUCUUCAGCGGUGGAGGCUGGAGCAAGCGUGGUCAUUUCCUCCGCGGCGGGAAGUCAGCACCAGCACACAAGGACGGUGGCGGCGACAACUGAAGCUGCCCGUCCUUGUCUGCAACCUACAUACAACUAGCAAUGGCAGAAAACAUGUUGUUGUCUACAGAGCGCAGAAACAUGUACUGUAGCUAUGUGCGAUGUAAUAUAGUGCAUCCAUGGUGUUAUCAAGCGUGCUUCUCGUCGACUGUCAUAGCUC